UACUACCCACCCGUCAGUCGCCACCCAUCCAAAUUUAAUGGGUGAAAAAAAUAAUGACCCACAUGCCACACCCCCACCAUAUCCCCUAAAUAUGUAAUAGGUGGGUUAUAAUCGGGUGGAUUCGGGUGGACCCACCAUCACCCGUCAGUCGUGUUCCGCUAGAAGAAGCCCAAUUCUAAGAUUAUUAUUCUGAAAGAGCCCAACUGUUAUGAUGAGGCCCGUUCAGUUUCCCCGCCAAUAGUACAUUUUUCCCGCCAAACUCACGCUCAUUACCCGCUCAAGAGUCGAGACCUUCCAUUCCCCAGCAACUAGGGCACGAAACAGUAGGGCCACAUUUUGCACUUCUACCACUGUGCUCUCUCUCUCUCUCUCUCUCUCCUUCUACUCGAUUGAGGCGCGAAACUCUGUAAUUUCUGUUGCGUUGAAGCCUAGAUUCAGUCCAAGAGCUUAAGAAAUGGCGAGCUUUGAUGACCGGAGCAGUCACAAACGAGCUUUCCUCGAGUUCCUGGACCAGAAUGUAUACAAGAACGAGAUCAAGGCCAUGAUUGACCAGCGGCGCCGCCGUCUCAUCGUCAACAUCUCCGAUCUGCACUCCUUCCAAGACUUCGGUCCCAGGAUCUUGAAGAAUCCAAGCGAGUUUAUGCAACCAUUCUGUGAUGCGGCCACAGAUAUUGCUCGAAGUAUUGACCCACUGUUCUUGAAGGAAGGAGAGCAAGUUCAUGUCGGUUUUGAGGGCCCUUUUGUCUCUCGCCGUGUCUCCCCCAGAGAGCUUCUAUCUGAGUACAUAGGCACUAUGGUCUGCGUGGAGGGCAUUGUCACCAAAUGUUCUCUUGUUAGGCCAAAGGUUGUGAAAAGUGUGCAUUACUGUCCUACAACUGGAGACUUCACUUCUCGGGAGUACAGAGAUAUAACGUCUAAUGUGGGCUUGCCAACGGGGUCUGUUUAUCCUACAAGGGAUGAACAUGGGAAUCUAUUGGUGACUGAGUAUGGCUUGUGCAUGUAUAAAGAUCACCAAACCUUGUCAAUGCAAGAGAUGCCUGAGAAUUCUGCUCCUGGUCAGCUCCCUCGAACACUGGAUAUUAUUGUUGAGGAUGACCUUGUUGAUUCAUGUAAGCCUGGAGACCGGGUGGCAUUGGUUGGGAUAUACAAAGCACUUGCUGGGAAAACCAAGGGAAGCGUGAAUGGUGUAUUUAGGACCGUGCUGAUAGCUAAUAAUGUUUCCCUCCUGAACAAAUUGGCUAGUUCUCCAAUUUACACUGCUGACGACAUCAAGAACAUUAAAAAGAUUGCUGAAAGAGCUGAUGUUUUUGACCUACUGGGUAAUUCGCUUGCACCUUCGAUAUAUGGACAUUCAUGGAUAAAGAAAGCUGUUGUGUUACUGAUGCUUGGUGGAGUAGAAAAGAACUUGGAAAAUGGAACUCACUUGAGAGGUGACAUCAAUAUGAUGAUGGUGGGCGAUCCUUCUGUUGCCAAAUCACAACUACUCCGAGCAAUCAUGAAUAUUGCUCCUUUAGCUAUAUCAACCACUGGUCGUGGGUCUUCUGGCGUGGGGUUGACUGCUGCUGUAACUUCUGAUCAAGAAACAGGAGAAAGAAGGCUAGAAGCUGGAGCCAUGGUUCUUGCUGACAGAGGUGUCGUUUGCAUUGAUGAAUUUGAUAAGAUGAAUGAUCAGGAUCGUGUUUCCAUUCACGAAGUCAUGGAACAGCAGACUGUUACUAUUGCAAAAGCAGGGAUCCAUGCAUCACUAAAUGCUAGAUGCAGUGUGGUGGCUGCUGCCAAUCCCAUUUAUGGAACCUAUGACCGCUCAAUAACGCCUACUAAGAACAUAGGACUUCCAGACUCUUUGCUUUCUCGGUUCGAUUUGCUUUUCAUAGUACUGGAUCAAAUGGAUGCUGAUAUUGACCGCCAAAUCUCGGAUCAUGUCUUGAGAAUGCACCGGUAUCGUUCAGCAAUCGACGCAGGUGAGGCAGCAGUUGAUGAUGCAAGUGCAAGAUAUGCAAGAGAAGAGGAUGCAGAGACCGACACAUCGGUAUUUGUCAAGUAUAACCGAAUGCUUCAUGGGAAGAAAACAGAUAGAACCCGCAAAAGGGAUACACUUUCGAUAAAUUUUCUGAAGAAGUAUAUUCACUAUGCUAAGCACAGGUUCCAACCUGAGCUGACCGACGAGGCAUCGGAGCAAAUUGCAACUGCUUAUGCUGAGCUGAGAAAUUCUGGGACAACCACAAAGACGGGAGGAACACUUCCGAUCACUGCCAGAACGUUGGAAACCAUAAUACGUCUCUCAGCUGCCCAUGCAAAGUUGAAACUGAGUAGACAGGUCACGAAGUCUGACGUUGAAGCUGCUCUGAAAGUUCUGAACUUUGCCAUAUAUCAUAAAGAGUUGACUGACAUGGAAGAGCGUGAACACGAAAGGGAGAGGGAAGCUGAGAGAGAGAACAGAGCUCAGCGUCGCCGUACCAAUCGGAACACAGCAGGAGAUGAUAAUCAAGCCACUACUAAUGCGGACGGAGACGGCCCUGAUGUAGACGCCAUGGAUGUAGAUGAGCCUGCUGAGCAGCCCACUACAGGGAUAUCUACGGAAAGGACCGAAGCAUUCAACUCAGCGUUUCUUCAGUGUAUGCGGUACCAGCAGAGCAUAACCAUAGAUGAUCUGGAGAAGGCCAUUAACACAGGAGCUGCUAUUUACUCGAGACCAGAGAUCAUGACCUUGUUACAGAAACUGCAAGAUGAUAACAGAGUGAUGAUCGCUGACGACGGAAAAGUUCAUUUGGUUUGAUUUUGCUCUCCGUCAACUCCUAACGUUGCCUUGCUGGAGAAGCAACACCAGUGGGUUGUGAAAGUGGUGCCUGAUUGAACGUGAUCGUGAAAUGUAAUUGUAGCUUGCUUGUUCUCCACACUGAUCCCCGUAUUUCCUUGGCGAAUUUCGCAGAGUAGAAUGAUCAUCAUUAGCAUUGGUUCUCUUUGUGUAGUUAGCGACGUGGUAGAACUAAUAUAGCAGACUCUCACUUUCCUAAUACUCCAUGUUCGAUUUGUGAACAAUCCUCUCUACAAAGUGACUGCCUAGCCCUAGUGUCUUAAUCACAAAUUGGUGUUUUAUGAAUGUUCGACGCUGCAGGUUUAGAACCACUGGAUUGAAAAUCGUCUCUAAUAUGGGUGCAUCUAACUAUUCAUAUUAAGAUCUCUUUGCUUCCAUCAAAUCGAAGUAGCAUGUAAAUUGUAAUAGUAUUUUCGAGUAAAAGUUGAACUUUGCCUUGUGCAUAUUGGAUCUUGUUGACAUGAAAUUAUAAGAAAAACUAAUAAUUUAAAUUGUUUAAGAAAAAUAUAAAAUUGUUAAGAAGGGUAAUGAUCCUUAUAAACCAACUUUCGGGAAUUAUUUGUGUUUCUUCUUCCUGCAAUUUUGUCCUUGUUUUUAAUGAUUUCCUGUUAUGUGAUAGAUUAUAGGGAUUUUUCCAGAAAUAGCACUGUUUAAAAAAAAAUUUCCAAAAAUAGCACCCAACUCCGAAAAAUUCCAAAAAUAGCACCCUUUCUGAAAAACCGCUCCCUACCAGUGCGGUUUAAGCGAAAACCGACACCAAGGGGCGCGUUUUUCUAUGAAAACCGCACCCCCAGGGUGCGAUCUGCUUUUUUUUUUUUUUUUAAAAUCCUAACCUAGGUGUAAACUUUAAACGAACGUAUCUUUGUGUUCGGGUAUCCGAUCGUCGCGAAUUUUUUUUUGAUUCCGCAUAACUUUUUGAGAUCUUGCAAGCCGAAGGUGGUUUGAUCCUGCUUUCGUCCUAAAAAAUGUCGUUUGCUACCCCGAACGAGCUUUUUUCCGAUUUCGUCAAACUUUGGACAACCAUAACUUUGUGCUCCAAAAUCCAAACAACAUGAAUUUUUUUUUAUUUCGUAUAACUUUUUAAGGACUACAAUUUUUACUAGAAUGAAUUUUCAAAACAGGAAUUAUUUUUGGAUAUACAGGAUUUUGGGAAUAGCUUACCUUCCCUUCUCAGCAAUCCACGUACAUUUUGAAAUUGUGUCUAUGAUAAAAGUUGUAGUCCUUAAAAAGUUAUGCGAAAUAAAAAAAAAAUUCAUGUUUUUUGGAUUUUGGAGCACAAAGUUAUGGUUGUCCAAAGUUUGACGAAAUCGGAAAAAAGCUCGUUCGGGGUAGCAAACGACAUUUUUUGGGAUGAAGGCGGGACCAAACCACCUUUGGCUUGCAAGAUCUCAAAAAGUUAUGCGGAAUCAAAAAAAAUUUUGCGACGAUUGGAUACCCGAACACAAAGAUACGUCCGUUUGAAGUUUCCACCUAGGUUAGGAUUUUUCAAAAAAAAAAAAAAAAAAAAAAGAUCGCACCCUGGGGGUGCGAUCUGCAACCAAAUCGCAUGGUGGGGGUGCGGUCUGCAGAACCGCCCCCUGGGGGUGCGAUUUUCAUCGAAAAACGCGCCCCUGGGUGGCGGUUUUCGCCUAAACCGCACUGGUAGGGAGCGAUUUUUGGAAAAUGGUGCUAUUUUUAGAAUUUUUCGGAGUUAGGUGCUAUUUUAGGAUUUUUUUUUUUAACAAUGCUAUUUCUGGAAAAAUCCCUAGAUUAUAACCCGGGAUACCGUUAAACAAUACCCAAACCGAUAAGCCUAAAAUAAAAAUAAAAAAUUAACGCUCAUAUAACCGGUCUGGUUAACCGGCAAACAAAAAGAUGAAGACCGAUUUAGCAAAUCCUAAUUAAUGACAUUCAGUAUCCAGUAGGGGUGUUCAAAUGGUUACCAUGGUUAUAACCAAAUCAAAUAAGGCUAAAUUCCAUUA